UUGGCCCCUCCUCCGUUGAUUGAUACGUACUGAGGCAGGCUCGGCCAUUCAAUUGGCCGUGUGCGGUCCACCCCGCCACCUUCCCUUUCUUGGCCUUUCGAGUGGCUGCGCCUUCGGCCGUCCAGCCCCGUUCUCAGCGAGUAUUUCUACCUAGACCUGGCGACGUAUCUUCGCUCGUCUCCUCUCCCUCUUCUUCUUCUCCUCUUUUUCACAUCUCCCUCCCGACCACCCAUCUCAGCAACGUCAACACAAUAGUCAACUCUGCCCGCCCUAUCCUGAUCCAUCGUCUCCCCAGUUGCAAAUCUACCGUUCUACCACCUGCACAACAGCGGCAAGAUGCAGAUUUUCGUUAAGACCCUCACCGGAAAGACCAUCACCCUCGAGGUGGAGUCUUCCGACACCAUCGACAAUGUUAAAUCCAAGAUCCAGGACAAGGAGGGUAUCCCUCCCGACCAGCAGCGAUUGAUCUUCGCCGGCAAGCAGCUUGAGGACGGUCGUACUCUCUCCGACUAUAACAUCCAGAAGGAGAGCACCCUGCACCUCGUCCUUCGUCUGCGUGGUGGCAUGCAGAUUUUCGUCAAAACCCUCACUGGCAAGACCAUCACCCUCGAGGUCGAGUCGUCGGAUACGAUCGAUAACGUGAAGAGCAAGAUCCAGGAUAAGGAAGGCAUCCCUCCUGAUCAGCAGCGAUUGAUCUUCGCUGGUAAGCAGCUCGAGGACGGCCGGACGCUAUCCGACUACAACAUCCAGAAGGAAUCCACACUGCAUCUCGUCCUUCGCCUCCGUGGAGGUAUGCAGAUCUUCGUUAAGACUCUGACGGGCAAGACCAUCACCCUCGAGGUCGAAUCGUCGGAUACGAUAGACAACGUAAAAUCCAAGAUCCAGGAUAAGGAAGGCAUCCCCCCAGACCAACAGCGAUUGAUUUUCGCUGGUAAGCAGCUGGAGGAUGGCCGUACCCUGAGCGACUAUAACAUCCAGAAGGAGUCCACUCUACACCUGGUUCUCAGACUCCGCGGCGGCAUGCAAAUUUUCGUCAAGACCCUGACGGGUAAGACGAUCACGCUGGAAGUGGAAUCGUCAGACACUAUUGACAACGUCAAGUCCAAGAUUCAGGAUAAAGAGGGCAUCCCCCCGGACCAGCAACGUCUUAUCUUUGCGGGCAAGCAGCUGGAGGAUGGCCGUACUUUGAGUGACUACAACAUCCAGAAGGAGUCUACGCUGCACCUGGUGCUCCGCCUUCGUGGUGGUGGCCAGUAAUUUCCCGGUGAUGGCAGGUGUACGAAGAUGAACGAACUUUUUCCACGGAUCGGUGUUGAUGGAUGGAUCCCACAUGGGGAUUUUAAGACCGUCGACUUUUACAGACACCCCAUAAUGGUCUAGCAAUUUGGCAUGUCUAUUUGACGCCUACCACGAAUAUACUCUCUAGCCGACGGA